AUGGAGUGGCCUGAACGGAUGCCUAUGGGCAACCCGGCGGCACCGUCAUCUGUUCGUGGAUUGCCCGACAAUCCGGCCCAAGGCCGCCGUCCUGUUCCCAAUUCUGCUGCCACCUCGAAUGGUCAUCCACCGCCGCCUCCGCCGAUUCCCAAUCUUCGAAAUGCGCCUUCCAACGCGACCUUGUCGGCAUCGAGCCCCAUCACAAGUCCAGCGCAGGUCAUAGCCUUGGCUCGGGAGGCUAUGCAGACCGCUCUGGAGAGCGAGGGUCAAGCUGCCGAGGUCGGGGCCGCUGGUACAGGACUAAGGGCCGGUGUCACCGUCGAUCUGAGUCGAAAGGGAAUACAAAGGCUGCCGGAAGAAGUGGUAGAUAUUGUCAAAGACCAGCUGGAACGACUCGCCUUGUCGCACAACCAACUUUCAAGCUUACCAACUCGAUUUUCCGAAUGUACAUCUCUACGCUAUCUGAAUAUCAGAGGCAACCAGAUUAAAGAGUUCCCUAUGGCGCUAUGCGAUCUGAAAUCUCUUGAAAUUCUCGACCUAGGACGAAACCUGCUUCGGAUACUACCACAAGACAUUGCAAGGCUAUCAUCACUCAAGGUUUUGUCUGUGCCUAAGAACCAAAUUCGGGAAUUGCCUCUUUGUCUCGCCGAGAUGGUGUCUCUACAAGUACUAAAAUUUGAGGGCAAUCCCAUCAGCUUUCCACCCAAGGACGCCAUACAGCCACAAUCCGGAAGCCCACCGCAUGACGGCGUGACGAGAGAAACAGAGGUUACCGAGGUAGCUGUAACGGCAAUGAUUAAGAAGUUUCUUCGUCACUAUGCCAUGACUGGCCGGAUGGAAGGUGACGCAACUGGUGAUGAGUCCAGUGAAGGCGGCAUCGACGUCCCUCGAUUCCCAUUGAAGCGAGCCGCAAGCGGGCGUUUUCCAAUCAAAGUCAAUGGCGCUGAUGUCCCUGAUAUGCGCUCCCCCAACGCCGUGUCUCGCCCACCACCAAUACCUACCAGGUCGCACUACCGUGGCUUGUCACAGCAAAGCACUGCCAUUCGUCGACCGGGAGUCAUGCCAUUGACCAUUGGUAACGUCAAUGAGAGACUACGAAGCAACUCUGAGACGCUGCUAAGGUCGGAUCGAGGACCAGACGGUCGAAGUCGGCGGAUGGGAAUCGUGUCCAGGAAGACAUCUGAACUGGGCACUCUGGACGAGACGCAGGCAAACAACCGCUUUAGCCAUUAUCGUGGCCUGAGUCACGGUUCCGCUAUGCAAGGGACCCCCCCGGGCGUCAAAAGUCCUGCGACACCCAGUGAACCGUACCUUCAACGUCCGAUAUAUGUUCGUCGACUGUCUGUUCUCCCUGAGCGUCGGAGAGAAUCCAAAAUCUUUGACCCCCUCAUCGAAGCAGCCAAGGGCAUUCUCUACUCCGUCUUCCAAAUUCACCCCAUGAUACAGAUGUUGAUGUCUUUGACAAGCGACGGGUCGGCAAAACGAUCAAGUUUAGAGAUUGUCAUUUAUAACACCAACUCUCAUGUUGAGGAACUCGAACAGGAGAUUCAGAGACACGAUACCAUGCUGUUGGAGAACGAUGAAUACUCUGUUAUGGACAAUGAAAACGUGCAUAGGGCAUGCCAUACGCUUGUCAGCGCCUAUGGUCACGUCUGCACUCUCUUGGUCGACAACAUUGAUACUUUCGUCAACAAUGGAGACGCGCGAUAUAUCCGCACGCUCCUGAUGUUGCUUUACAACAGUAUCAUGGAACUUCGCGUAACUUUGGCCACAGUCAGCGCGUCACGACCAGCGUCUCAAUCAACGAAUCGUGGCCACUCUGACACCAAUGAGACGCUUAAACCCUUCCAUCGGGAGCCAUUUGCGACCCCGACAGCAGAAAGGACAGGCUUAUUGCGUGGCCGCAACGGAAACUUUGUGCAUAACCCUGCCAACCUGCGUGUUGCGACAGACAUCCCAAUGCACUACGCAAUUGGCUCCAGCCGAACCGCAAAACUUGCAUCGGCAACACCACGAUCUGGGGAAUCGUUUUCCUCCACGGGAAGCCGGGAUCUUGCGAACGAUUAUACGGCGGAAGAUGCCCAGUUUGACAGGGUGUUUUUAUCAUUGCAGAAAUCAACCGACACGGUGCUUCGCACAUUGCCAAGCUUCCACGUUCAGUUGCAAGGUGAUUUGAGGACAGCGAUCCAGCAGCGUGCCCCCAUGGUCCUUGUCCAGGAGUGGAAGCGCCUGAUCGCCAUGUGUGGCUAUACAAUCCAGCAAACCGAGAUGCUUCGAAACAGGCUAUCCAUGAUUAAGCUUAAUGACCCCAGCGUCCGAUCUCACCCUGGGUUUUGGAGCUUGUGCAACAACUUUGUCGACUCGUGGAUGUCCUUGAUAAGAAGGACAAAAGAAUCCAUGAACACAGUUCCGCUUCCACCCGACACUAAGAUCCGACUGCGACCGAUCCAGCAGAGCAUGAAGGAAAUGGGCAACGUAAUUAUGCAGUCGCCUUGGCACCAUCUUAUGCGGUCAUCUGGCCCCAAUGGGAGUUUGAGUGGCAACUUUUCUCAGAAUGCAUCACCAACCACGCGGGUCCCAAUCACGCCGCAGAGUGCGGCCCUCGGGCCUGCCAUGCAGGCAACUGUCCCUACCACACCGCACAGUGCCUCUUUUGCCGCAGCAUUCCAUGGCAACGUCUUUGAUCGUGCGGAUGCUUUGAUGGCCAACCCGGGGAUCUCCAUGUCUCGCAGUGGGACAAUGUCAAGAGGACACUCUGGGUUCAACUCUCUAUCCUCUAUCUCUUCCAUGUCUUCAGAUGGAAUCUCAUCAGCUUCGACACCUUUUAGUCCACCAACUGCCGGCUUAGGGCUCUCUCGACCAAAUGGCGGGAGAUUGGCUCUGUGA